CUGCCACCUAGUGUAACCUCCCGUCUCCCGUGCGCUUGCAGUUCGUCGCGUUGAGUCAGUUGUUUCACGUAUACCGCGGGUGCUUUGCGCGGGGACCUACUACCGGCUUUUAAUCCGUUUCACACCGGUUUCUCUUGUCGAUUCGCGUUUUACCUAUAUUCCACAUAAAUUGCGGAACAAUCUGCAGUGUAACUUACAAGCUGGACGCUGUGCGGAGUGUGACAAUCGCGAUGUAACCGUACCGUGACGUCACACGGCUAAUCAAGUACACGGAGUGAGAGAGUCGAGUGCGAGUGUGAGUGGGAUAGAUAGAGAGAGAGUGAGUGAGAGAGGGAGACACAUAUACACGCGCCCGCGCGCUCCUAGCUGUACUAUAUAUAUAUAUAUAUAUAUAUAUGCAGAGAGGUACGCACACUAGUACCUAUUGGUGAUACACGUACGUAGAAUUGAUGCGUGUGUGAACUCGCGGAGUAUAUAUAUGUACAUAUACGCAUUUGGAUUCGCUUUAUACAUAUUAUGAGACUGUAGGCAUGUUCAUAUAUGAUACUCACACUUGUUCGCAUCCUCAUACACACUUGUGCGCUCUCGAAAACAGACUAGAGCAGAAACGAGACUAGAAAUUUUGUGGCUAUAUAAAUUACAUCGUCUCUUACAGACGGGAACUCUCUUUACCUGGUUCUUUUUGGUUUUCAUGGAUUCUUUUUUUAUUGCACGUGGGGCUCCUGUAUCGGGCGUAACAGCGUAGUUGCGGACGCAUGUGUGAAGUUUGCGGCGAGAUACGCUUAAAAAUUACGGCGAAUAUUGUAUGAUUUUGCGAGGGUUUAAUAGAAGUUGGAGUAACAUCAUUUUAUCUGGUCUUGUUACGCUGAUGCUAUUUUGAAGUUUUUUUCUUGUGUGUAUCCUUGGAGUUUUACUGUCUCUUGUAUAACCUAGUCUUUAUGACUCGAAAGAACUGAUCACCAUUUUGUGCCAGCGUGCUUGCGACUUAGUUUCUAGCCAUGAUCAGCAUAACUUAAUUUUUAUUCUCACUAAAAGAGAUCUUCCACUUUCGCCAUCUUGUGAUUGAACAAUUUAAGUUUUAAAUUAUUUGUAAUUUUUUUUGAUAUAUAAAUUGGUGAGUGUUUAAUGACACAGUGAGUUGUGCAAGUGUCUUUUAUAAAAAAAAAAAAAAAAGAAAACAAAAGGGAAACCUUAAUCAGUUCUACAGUAAGAAGAUGGAUAGUGUGUUGUGAAGCCACUAAGUUUGGACUGAUCUUGUAAUAGUUCAGUAAGGUGAUUCAAACAAGGAUAACUGUGAAUUCCACGACAUGAGGUUUACUCUUCCUUUUAAUUCUACAGUGGGGACCUUCAUGGGCUUGCUGCUCCAAAUAGCCAGUCUAAAUACGUGAAGUUUUAUGAACUUCAUUGCCAGUCCAGCACAGCUCGCUCUGUCCUGGCCUGUGAUUAUUGAAGCAUUGCCUAUAUAGGCAUUUGGAUUCCAUUGGGAUUUCCUGGAAGAUAUUUUUGCUACCACGGAUCAUCCCCAGCAAUUUUGCACCACGCCCACCCUCGAUGAGAGGAGGCACAUGUCCAUUGCUGCCACUGAAAAUGCAGGGCCUGGCCCGUGUGAAUUGCAGGACCCUUUGUGGGUCAAAAUGAGUGCUGUCACUGGUGGCAUCACUAAGAAAAGAAAGAAAUCAGAUGCCAAGCCCCAGUCGCAAAUAUUGCAGUAACAAGUGCCUUAACGAGAAACGACGGCGGACCCAGGAGAACUUGUAUAUCGAUGAGCUUGCCGAGCUGAUUUCCGCCACGGACAUGAGCUCUGGCAAGACCGACAAAUGUCAAAUCCUCCAGAGAACCGUCGAUCAGAUUCGGCACAUCAGGCAACAAGAAGGUUCCAGUAGUCAUGCUGUGCAACAGGGAGAAGUUAGCUCGUCGAAUCCCAACAUACUGUCCAACGAUCAAGUCGGUCCAAUUCUGCUCGAGGCGCUCGAUGGCUUUCUGUUCGUCGUGAACACAGAAGGGCGCGUGGAGUACGUCACGGAUAACAUAACGCAGUACAUAAAUUAUUCAAAGGACGAUGUGCUCGGGAAGGAUAUUUAUAAUAUUAUUCAUCAUGGAGAUCACAAUACCUUUAUGCCGAUGUCGUUAGGCUGGACCAGCGAGCCUCAGCACCAAACAAGAAAUCGUACGUUCAACUGUCGCUUUCUGGUGAAGCCUCCCGAUGAUAAAGAAGAGACUAUGGAAGAGAAGCAGCAGCGAGUGUCAAAAUACGAAACUAUGCAAAUAUGCUCUGCGCUCCUUCCGAAUAAUGGUGAUCGAUUAGAGAGUGGCGACGUAUCCUCCGAAUCCUCGGACGUAGGUCCAUGCGUGAUGUGUGUAGCACGUAGAAUUCCGUUGAACGAGAAGCCUCUGACCACGUCGAUCGAGCAGUUCACCGUAAAGCUGGAUACCAUCGGCAAGAUCCUGGCCGUCGACACCAGCUGGUUGUCGCGUUCUUACACCGAGUACCUAAGCAAGGACCUGAUUGGCAUGACAAUACAGGACUUGUGCCACCCGCAUGAUCUCAGUAAGCUAACUGCUCAUUUGAAGGAUACGAUCCAAGUCGGCGAGGGUUCCUGCUCUACGUAUCGACUUCGUGUCAGUCCUGACAAGUUCCUUAACAUUCAAACGAAGUCAAAACUUUUCAAAGCGAAUGUGGUGAUCGGCCACGACACGGAUUUUAUGAUGUCCACUAAUUCUAUCAUAGGGGACAAUGACUUAACGCCUCUCGAGGGUGGUCAGCUUUCCAACAGCAAACUGUGCUCGGGACACUCUAGUAACCGUUGUGCGAAUAAUAGUAAUAAUAACAACACGAGCAGCAACAACAACAACAGCACCAGCACCGUCGUCGUCAGCAGCGGCAACGGCAACAACAAUAAUCCCGGUAACAAUAACAAUAACGUGGGUGGUCCCCUGAUGUCGGUGGGCCAGCUAAACGGGCAAGUGAGUGGUAUAAGUGGUCGUAUGUCGAGUAGCGGCGCCGCGCAGUCGAACAGCACGGUAGCGUUUAGCACGGUAGAGCCGUGUAAUCCCCACGGCCCGCUGGUUACGAGCAAUUCCUUCAACCAUUUCCCCACGGCGAGCAUGGACUUGGAAUUCGAAUUCUUCCCUAGUCCCACAUGGGACCACUUGGAAAACGCCACCGGAUGGGCCGAUAGGCCCGAUUCGAGGGCGAGUGGCGGGCACAUUAAUUCACGGCCGCCCUCGCAACCAGCCCCGACUGCUUCUUCUCCGGGUCCCCAGCAAGGAGCAUACGCGCCCUCUAAUGCGUCGGUGGCGCCGCACUGCAGUCCCUUCAGUAAUUCGUUCCCCUUCAGUCCGCUUCAGGAAACGCAGACAACGAGCAUCAAUGCCAACGGGGGAGCAUCGACUAGCAAGAGGCCCGAGGAUGGAAGUGGUGCCGGUGCUCCUGGUCCUGGUGGUGGUACCGGCAAGGUCGGAUGCCCGACGGCGACGACUACCAACAAUAUGGACACCGUGGCUACUCCUAGUGUUGCUGUCGCGGCUAAUCUUGAGACUCAGAACAGUGUAGUGUCUACGGAGUCCGUGAGGCUCAGGAAAUUGUUAACCAAGGGCGCCAGUGUUAGUGACGACAGUCAGUCGGACAAUGCCAACGAGUCGGAUAACCAAAAUAAACAUAGGAUAUUAAAAAUCUUGCUUAAUCAACAAGAUGAGGAUGACUAUCAUGCUGAGCAUAAUACUAAAGUGCGCACCAGUCCUAGCGGCGUCCAAAAAUCCACUGCGGAGCACUCCAAGACCUCGCUAGGGAACAACAUGCUUCUCCAGUUAUUAAAUGAGAAAAAUGACGACGAGGACGAGGAAGCGCGCGCUGGUCUUAAGAAACGGAACGAGCUCCUACAGCAGCUGCUCAAAGAUCAGGAUGAAGAAAGGAAAAUGCAAGAGCAGCAGAACCGGGAUGAUGAUCCAUUGUUGCGGAGUCUCGGCUUCCGUAAUACAACACCUUCGCCCUCGCAAUCUGGCGAUCACGUGGGUAUCGGAGGAUCUCAAAUUGGACAGAAAAGACCCGGCGAGGAUGGUGACUUAAAUAUAGCAGUGAAACGAACGAUGGAUGGAUCGCAUCAAGUCUCUUCGUCGGGCGGUUCGGUAUCCUCGGGUAAUGCUACUAGCAAACUCUGGGAAAAGAAUAAGAUGCUGGCUUCUCUAUUGGCUAAACAGCCGUCUCAGCCCACGACGAUCCCACCGAUUCCUGCGUCUGUGAUAUCGGCAACUCCACAGGAAAAACUACCCCGUGUGAGCGAACGGCUCAAGCAACACCAGCAACAACAAACGCAACAGCAACAACAACCCUGGUCGGGUGGUGGUAUGCAAGCAGUUAGCAGCAACACAACCACCACUAGCGCAACUUCGGCGCGAACUCCUCUUCAAAACCAAUCGAGACAACUACCUCGUCAAACAACCAAUAUCUACCUCAGUCACAUGCUAAGUCAGCAGAGACCCCAAAUGGGUCAAAUGGAUUCGGAGUUUGGGGCUAGUGGAGAUUAUCGACAACCGGGUACAGACAUUACAACCUGGGACAACCAGUCAUCCGAUCCGGACUUAUCGGAUAUUCUAGAUCAAGUCAUCGAGUUCGUACCGGACGAAGCAGAAUCAUCCGCGUUGGCGACUCUUAUGGACGCUCUUGAACCGCCGCAAAACAAUGUGAUGAAUGAAAAAAUGGCUAUAAAUGCUAUACAGAAGUCGUUGAUGCUGUGCGAGUCGGCUGUGGUAAAUCCCACGUCUUCCACCAUAACGAUGCCAGGAACGCCACCAUCUUAUUCUACGGCUCUGAGAAAUACACCUGUAACGUCAAGUCAUAGCUAUCAACCUUCGCCAUUGUAUCAGCAGCAACCGCGGCCACGGUUUAACGCUCAGCCUGGCAUAAGGCAAACUGCAGCGCAGUUCACUCAACAGCAACAACUGCAGCUACAACAGCAACGCAGCAAACUGAUGCAGCAGCAACAGCAACAGCAGCACAAGCAAAGGCUUCUGCAACAACAGGAGCAACAACACAUGCUGAUACCGUCAAACGCGACAGCCACGGACCAAAUUACCACCGCCAUACACAACAUAGACAGUUUACUAAAUAACACCGUUGCACCGAACGUAUCGUUACAGGUACGCGGGCGAGCGAUGAUAUCGCGGUCCAGCGUACCAGACACACAAGUUUCCCCAGGAUACGGGGGAUCCGUCCAGUUGCCUUCGGGGCAUCGCCUCAGUCACUCCUAUUCUCACCCGUCAACGUUACCUCAGCAUCCCGUGGUUAAUAGCAACUUCAGUAGUGGUCAGCAAGUCUCGGCUGCGGCGCGGUUGUCGCCGCAUUCACCGGCUACUAUUUUGCCAUUUUCACAUCCUCAACCGUUGUCGCCGCGAGUCUCGCAGGGUAAUUAUGGUAACGGUCCGAGGAUGUUCAAUGUUAACCAGGUGAGGCCCCAGCAACAACAGCAGACCCAGCAGCAAAUACAACAACAGCAAAGGUCCAUGCCGUCGCCGGGUACACCAGCUUCGGCAAGACAGUCUCCUUUCCCUGCGGAAGCUUUUCCUCCACCUGCGUCUCCCACUGCGAGCCAAUUCCCACCAGUACCAAAUCCCGCUGCUGCCAAUCCUCCGGGGCAGUAUCGACUUCAACGAACGACCUCCACGCCCUCGGCCACCACUCAGCUCCCAGAUUUUAUUAUUGUUGUAGGUGGAGUAGGUUCGCCAAGACACUACGGAGUCAACAAGGAACAACCCCACCUGUCACCUAGUCAUCCCCAUAACCAACAGCAGCAACAUAACGCUGGCAAUGCCCAACAUUUUUCAAACCAACAACAACAGCAACACACUUCCAUGAUAUAUCACACAAGUUCCAACACAAUCAACCCUGCUGACGUACAGAACAAUCAGUUCUGUUAUGAUCGAACGUCUGUUUCACUGUACUCAACGCCAGGACCUGGUGACCCGCAGAAUCAGGGUAGGCCUCUGCCUCCACCUGGGAAUCCUGGAGUUCACCAAAUGGGUGGUAACGCGAGUAGCACGGGCAAUAUGACGUCGGCGGAAUUUGUACGACAAGAGCUUAGGGCGAUUGUCGGGGCCCGCACGCAGCAACAGCAACAGCAACAGCAACAGCAGCAGCAACAGCAGAGGGUACCCAACAACAUACAGAAUAACCUGGCUGGUCAAGUAUCUCAGGACGACCUUGAGGCCCUUGGUCUUACCUUCGAGAUGUCUUCCGCAGAGGAGGGCAAUUCUCGCCGAAAGGCAAUGCGUGUACAAAGAGACUAUGGUAACGCGUGUGUUACGAUGUCCCCACUAGGUGAGGCUGUGGUUAGCGAUGGCCCCGCCAAAAGCUGGCCAGGAACCGCCCCCACGUCCUCCAGGACUACUAUGGAGGAGGUGGCCCGAGGUGAUCCGAAGUCGUCGCUGCUGCAGAAAUUGCUGUCCGAGUGACUGCGGCUUGUACCUUUGCGAAAUAACGAAAUCUAUGUAAUAUAUGUCUGAGCGUUAGAGACGGUCGGGGAAUGAUGGGGCGGAGGAGGAGGGGGAGGGGGGAUAUAUGAUUACAAUCGGGAUUUGGGGAAAAAAUGAAGUUUAACACUCACGCGCGCGCGCGCGCGCGCACGCGCGCACACACACACACACACACACACACACACGCAACCAACAUAACACACACGCACAAUACACACAACUUACUCAUUUGCAUAAAUGAAUAUCCACGUGUGCGUGUCUUCAUGUUAAUAUCGAUGCGCCAUACUGGGACAGAUAAGAGACAGUGAGUACUGAUAAUUUUCAGAAAUUGCACGGAGUACUAAGAAAAAGCAGUAACUUGUACUCUUAUCUUUCCCUGUUUCUCUCUCUCUCUCUCUUUUCAUUCUUUCUCUCUGUCUUUCUCAAUACGUAACUCAAUACUCGUUUUGUUAAAUUCAAUGUAUUUACGAUGCAGAAUAGUAAUAACAAUGGACGCGCUCAUGCAUGUAAUAACGCGCACACGUGUUACCGCAGGGGGUACAUAAAAACGGAUAUACAUAAAGACCAUACACAAUACUACACACAACAAUAUGCAGAUACGUAUCGUUGGGUACAAUGACGAUGAUAAAAGGCGUGACACUUUCGAGUUAUGUGUGUAUAUAUAUAUAUACAUAUACAUAUCGAUUGUAAAAGUCGCGGACGAAUGGAUAACAGAAAAUUUUAUGAUGAUUUGAGACAAUGAUUUGAAGAAAGAAAAGAAAAAGAUAAAGAAAUAUGACGCGUCGUAAUAACUCGCCAAACUGGUCGGCAUGAGACGAACCAGUACCUUCCAUGGCGGAUGAUUUUGAGAACGCGUCACGGAGCAGAAUUUAAAAGAGAAAUCUGUGCACCCCCUUUGGCACGUAUUUUUUGUUCGCUUUUUAUUGACAAGGACAGUUUUCGAGAGACAAAAGAGUGAGAGGGAAGGUCCCAGGGCCCAGUCGCUGUUGCGCCUCGUACGUUGGCGCAAUAAAGGGAGGAGCGUGAAGGAAAGAAUAAUGAAUAAAUUAAAAAAUGAUAACAGAGCUCUAUUAUAUAUAUAUGUAUAUAUCUAUAUCUAUAUAUAUAUAUAUAUAUAUAUAUACAUAUAUGUAUAUUAAUAUACGCAUGCGUAUGUACGUAUUGAUAAAGUGUACUAUAUUUCCUCGCGAAUUUUCGAAAGUGCCGCGCAAAUCGUACUCGCCAUUGUAUUCCGGUAUCACUGAAAGAAACUACGUAGGUACCUCAAAGGUAUACUUUAUUAUACCACUGGCUGUUGAACAUAGAACUAUUUAUAGGUUUAAUUAUUGUACACAGGAAAAAAUAGAGCACUAUCACGUUUUUUCUUCUUAAUUUAACAUCCAUUUUGACUAUUAUAUUAUAAAUAAUAUAUUUGUGAUUGUAAGAAUCUGCAACCAAAAUGUGACAAAGAAUACUUGUUGUUGUUAAUAUGAUUAUAACUAUUAUUAUUAUUAUUAUUAUUAUUAUUAAUUAUUGUAAUAACUAUUAUUAUAUUAUUUUAUUAUUAUUAUUAUAUCAAUAUUGACAUCAUUAUAAUUAUUACCAAUAUUAUUGUUACGAAUACUAUAUUGUAAUAUUAAGAAUUAUUUUAUUAUCAUUAUUAUUAUUACAUUAUUAUUAUUAUUGAACACUUGGCGUAUGUAUAUUUCUAUUGGAUAGUAAGCAGGUAUACCUUUAUAUGAAUACAUGUAUAUACGUUUAUUGCGUAUAUAUGUCUAUUGUAUGUAAAGCAAGAUGGAAAAGGACGAAUCGAGACCUUCUAUUUUGCGUAGUUCGCUAAUAAUCGUUUUUUGUUCUCUUUUUUUUUUUGGGUACUAGAUGCACACUAAAUUACUUUUGAAACGACGUCUGUUGUUAUAUAAAUAAAAACAAUAUUUAAUUAUAUACACGCAUAUGUAUGUAUAUAUGUAUAUGAGCAUGCUUACAUACACGUGUACAUAAACAUACAUAUAUCAGGCGUCCCCGCGCACGCGCACUCCUUUCGCGCUUGUCCCGCACGGGUCCCCUUACGGAUGGCGACGUUUGCGCGUCGAGAUCAAGCGACGCAUCGGAACUUUGGUAUUGGGCGCUUCGCGCGUUUGUCUUUGCGUUUUAUUUUUCUUGCUCCCGACAAAGACAAUUGUUCGAAUCGAUAUGGAGCCCCGCGCGUCUCUCUCGUCGGCCGUGCAGAGAUAGCGGGGUCGGGACGCCGGCACGGUAUGCAUCUGUACAUAUAUUUGUACGUAUGCAUAUAUAUGUAUAUAUAUAUAAAAUGAGUUAUGUCACAUAAAUAGAUCAUAUGUGCUUUCUAAUGACGAAUAAUUUUAUAAAUAUAAAUAUAAUACCGA